AUGUUUGCCGGAGAACAGGGAAAAGGGCUGGAGGCCAGCUUCAAGGAGUUUCUGAAGCGCCCAGAGAAUGCCGCCAUCCUGGAGAAGCAGCAGCAUAAGGAGGCAAGGCAGGCGCUCCAGCUGCAGGAGAAGAUGCGGGCGCUCGAGUUCCGAGACAAGGUGCUGGAAGCGGAGUAUGAAGCUCAGAAGAACAUUGCGCCCUUCCUGGAGAACAGAGUGCUGCGCCGCAUCGUGCAGACCUUCACAAAUGACCCCAGCGGCGACUUCUCCAAGUGGGCCAACAACCCGCGAGUGGUGGAGAUGCUGCGGGAGGCCAAGCGGCUGAUGGAUGGGGGAUUUUUGAACGAGGACGACGUAGAGACCUUCAUGAUCCGGCAGCUGGACGACCCCGCUCACGAGGCGCACGAGGACUUCAAGCGCAAGACGCGCAGGGUGGCGCGCCUGCCCACCGAACAGCUGGUGGGGGCGCUGAACGAGCACUUGACGGAGCGGCGGCAGGGCAACGAGGCCUACCGCUCCAGAAACUACACAAAGGCGCUGCACCACUAUGAGCGGGCCAAGGCGGUGGUGGAGUUUGUGGAGGGGCUGAGCCGCGCAGACCAGGCAGAGGUGGAGGUUAAUAAAGUGGCUGUGUACCUCAACCUGGCGGCGGUACACAUGGCCACGCAGGAGUAUGGCGGUGCCGUGGGCUACUGCGACAAGGCCCUGGAGCUGGACCCAGCCAACACCAAGGCGCUGCUGAGGCGCAGCCGGGCGCACACGGGGCGGCACGACUACGAGGCUGCCGCCGCUGACCUGGCCCGCCUGCGCCAGCUGGACCCACUCAGCCCGGAGGCCGCUGAGCAGCAGGCAGCGCUGGAGCGCACGCGGCAGGCAGACCGGCGCAAGGAGCAGGCUGUGUUUGGGCACAUGUUUGAGCGCAGCCAGGUGGCGGCAGCGGGAGCUGCGGGCGCCAGCUGA